GUGUGAAUGGGCCGUAACUUGAGCCAGUGUGGAAGGAGAGAGCGAAGGAAGGAGAGCGGGAGCGCAGGAGGGCGGCUGCCUGUCUGCAGGAGAACUCGCUCUCGCUCUCUUUCUCUUUUUGCCGGCUUUCGGAGGAGUCUCUUUGGCGGAGGAAGCUCAGGAGUGGGUGCUGCGAGGGGCCAAGCUGAGGAGGAGCCCCCGCGUUUCUUCUCCGCCGGGAAAAGGGAGGGCAGCAGAGACAAAACCCGGCUUCUUCUUCUUCUCCCAGGACUUCUGGCGUGUAAGCUGCGUUUGGUGGUUAAGUGCAACAGUUAUCUUCCAAUGAUGCAGGAGAAAUUGUGUUAAAGAACAUAUUCUAAAGGCUUUGCAGGCAAGACGCAUCCAGGGAUCUGAGAGGCGGGAACAAAUAGGCUCCAAGUGAAAUAAGGAAGGGGAACGAAACAGGAGAUUUUAAAGCCACAAGCAAAUCAGCGAGGCGGCUGCUGCUUGCUGCUUACUGCUGCAAUGAACUGGCUAGAGGAACCAAACUGGCAGCUUCAGAUUUCCUUGCUCAUGCUGCUUUCCGUGCACACCAAGGGAAACUUCCUAGACAGCAGACCCCUGAGGAGUUCUGGGAAAGUGAACAUGGAACCCAGGAAAGAGGAUGGUGGAAGUACAGCUGCCCCUCCCCAGAAGAUGUUGUGGUGUCAUUGUCAUCACUACUGUCCUGAAAACUCAAAAAACAACACCUGCAGUACUGAUGGCUACUGUUUUGCCAUGGUAGAAGAUGACGACAUUGGAGGGCAGACUUUCACCACAGGCUGUAUAGGACUGGAAGGCUCUGAUUUCCAAUGCCGGGACACCCCACUGUCCCAACCAAGACGAUUGAUUGCCUGCUGCACGGAUCAAAAUUUCUGUAACAAAGAUCUUCACCCUACUCUGCCACCACUGGAAGGUCGAGGUUUCGCAGAGGGAAAUGCUCACCACAAGGCUUUGCUGAUUUCAGUCACCAUUUGUAGUAUACUGCUAGUGCUUGUCAUCAUAUUCUGUUAUUUCAGGUAUAAAAGGCAAGAAAGCAGGCCUCCUCGCUACAGUAUUGGGCUCGAACAAGACGAGACUUACAUUCCUCCCGGAGAAUCCUUGAAAGACCUCAUUGAACAGUCACAGAGCUCUGGAAGUGGCUCUGGGCUCCCUCUGCUGGUACAGAGGACUAUAGCAAAGCAGAUUCAGAUGGUGAAGCAGAUUGGUAAAGGUCGCUAUGGAGAGGUCUGGAUGGGGAAAUGGCGAGGAGAAAAGGUGGCUGUCAAAGUCUUCUUCACCACCGAGGAAGCCAGUUGGUUCCGAGAGACGGAAAUCUAUCAGACUGUUUUGAUGAGGCAUGAAAAUAUUUUAGGUUUUAUUGCUGCAGACAUUAAAGGCACAGGGUCUUGGACUCAGCUAUAUCUUAUCACUGACUACCAUGAGAAUGGAUCAUUGUAUGACUACCUGAAGUCCACAACAUUGGAUACAAAAGCCAUGCUUAAACUAGCAUAUUCCUCUGUCAGUGGAUUGUGUCACUUGCACACUGAGAUCUUCAGUACUCAAGGCAAGCCAGCUAUUGCCCACCGGGACCUCAAAAGUAAAAACAUUCUAGUGAAAAAGAAUGGCACCUGUUGUAUAGCAGAUCUUGGUUUGGCAGUUAAAUUUAUUAGUGAUACAAAUGAGGUAGACAUACCACCGAACACGAGAGUAGGAACAAAACGGUACAUGCCUCCUGAGGUCUUGGAUGAAAGUCUGAACCGGAAUCAUUUCCAGUCAUACAUCAUGGCCGAUAUGUACAGUUUCGGACUCAUCCUUUGGGAAAUAGCAAGGAGAUGUGUUUCUGGAGGUAUAGUUGAAGAAUAUCAGCUUCCAUAUCAUGACCUUGUUCCUAGUGACCCCUCAUAUGAAGACAUGAGGGAAAUAGUGUGUAUUAAGAAGUUACGGCCUUCAUUUCCAAACAGAUGGAGUAGUGAUGAGUGCUUAAGACAAAUGGGCAAACUAAUGACAGAAUGCUGGGCUCACAACCCUGCUUCUCGGCUCACAGCUCUACGAGUAAAGAAAACGCUUGCCAAAAUGUCAGAGUCACAGGACAUUAAACUCUGAUUCAGCUGAUGAAAGGCUCCUCUUUGCUGAAGUUCAGAAAAAUGGACUUUUCUUCAUGUUUCAAAGAGACGAAAAGAAGAACUGCAAAGUGUUUGCUAAUAUAAACCUUGAAUGCAGGUGUUUGGCACACACUGACACAGAAACCUUUCCAGGGGAAAGAAAUGUGGCCCCGGCAAGAUUUGGUAUCUUAAGAACCCAAAGGAAAAGCCAUUUUGCCUCUUUUGGGAGUGACCAGAGAAACAGUGUUGACAACUGCUUCAAGAUUAUGCAUGCUGCUUUCUAUGAAAGCCAUUAUUAAUAUUAUUGUUGUUGUUAUUGUUAUUUGAAUGGUUUAAUUUUGAUGAAAAUGAACCUUUGCAAAUAUAAAGUACAAGAAAAAUAAUUAUAUUGUUAUACUAAAAGGAAAAAAAGAAAAUUCACCAAAAUUCUAAAGAAAAGUUGCUAUUCUUUCCUUUCCUCCAUGACAACCCCAAAACCACCACAUUGAGAAAAAGAACGUGUCUUACAAGUGAUUAUAUGUGCACACCUGAAUGAUGACAUGUCAUGCAAGAGAGAUCUGUUAGAAAGGUGGUACCAUAAUAAAAUCACCCUGAAUUGCUGCUAAGCAGUGCCUUGCACACAUAAGAUGCCAUUCUCACGCAGUUUCCUCUACAUAAGACUUUCACAUUGCAAGUUAGGAAAAUGCCACCAAGGGCAUUAAGAGAAAACCUUUGGGGGCAAUAUUUCAAAAAAUAGCAACACAUAGGUGCUCUUCUGGAUGUCUGUGAAAGUGAAAGGAGGUUAUCACAGAGGGAGGGCUAUGGUAGUCAAUUGGCCUGCACAUCUGUGAUUAGUGGUUGGUCUUUGGAUUGGAAGCAGAGCUUUAUGUUCUGUUUGCUAGCUAUUACACAGCGUGGCAAAACCACUGCAAAAGAAGGUAAUGGAUACCUGUUUAUGUAAUAUUGAAAAAAGUAGUUACGGCAUUACAAUGCUGCUAUUCCAUUAUAUCAGUAUUCAAUAAGCUUCCAACUACUGUUUGUUCAGAUUCCAAUUGGAGUAAAUGAAAACAAUAUGGAAACUGUACAUUGAGAUGGGCUUUUGCAAGAUGGUGUAGUUGGAGAAUUGUGCCUUCAGGAAUAGCUUGAUUUUUUGACUUAUCACAUGGAAUAUUAUUUUAAAGCAAAUGUGAAUUAUUCUUUAGUAGCCUUUCAUUUUAUUGGUGAAGUAACCGGUAAAGAAAGCUGCUCCCAGGGGUGCAUUAAACCCCUUUUUGCCUUGAGUUAAGACUAUAAACAGUGCUGACAAAAGAAAGAGCUUUGUUUAAGAUAUAUCAUAAAAUGGGACAUUAGAACUGAGUAAACCUGCAGUCUGUUUUUCAACACAGAUUGCUCUGAAAGAAGCACUGCAUUCAAGACAAAAAUUGUUUGUUUAUUCUGAGAAAAACUCUUUAUAUGGUAAUAUUUGGCAGGAUGCUAUUUUCUGAUUUUGGCCAAAUUCCCAAAGGAGCCAUUGUGAAAAGCCAAAGGCACAGAAUGUUUUUUAAAAAAAUAAAUAAAAAUAAAAUAAAAAUAUGCUCACACUCUAUAUCUCUCUUUUUCUCACCAAUUUUCACUAUAGCAGAGAAUAUCUUGUCCAUCUGUCAUUUAUUCACCAUACUAGAUUGGGUUGGUGUGAGCUCUUGUUCAAUAGCAUAGGAAGGACCCUCACAUUCCCUGCUCUUGGCUUGACAUCUUCCAUCCUCUGUAUUGUUGGUCUAGACACACAAUCUCAUGUACUUUAAAAAAAUUCACCAGAGAACUGUAUGGUAUGAAACCUGCACUAGAAUGUCUGAAGCUUCAGCAAUGCCUCUGUCCACAAACAGAGGUAGUCUUUCAUAAUGGCUUUUAGUGCGGUAUGCUGAGCUGAAUUCAAGUAGUAGACAAAAAGUGGCAAAAUUUAAUGUACACUGAGAAAGGCACAUCAGUUAUUUGAACCCUAACCCUUUUCUUAGAAUCUUGUCUUCUGAAUGUUGUCUUCUGAAAAAAGGUUUUAAAGUGAUGUUUGGACCUCUAGGGGGCACAGUAGAGCUUUGAAAGUCAAGAGCAGAGGGCUCAGUUGGUCAUAGCAAAAGCAAAAAACUCUUCACUAUGGAUUUUACAAGUAUAAUGACUGGACUGCUUUCAUCGUUGCAAGUUUAGUAAAUAUAAGAUUUAACAUGCUGUGGAAAGAGCAUGGUGUUUAAAGUUGAAUAUUUCAGUUAAGAAUACUUUGCAUGGAGCAAAUCUAAUCUGGUUGGAAGCUGUUUCGGACGCUGUGCAUCAGAGAAAAGUGUUAUUACAUGUCUGGAUGUAUUGAGAUACAUAAACCUUAAUACAUAGAUACAUAGGUUAUGGGCAUACACAUUCAGAUGGUAAUUCUAAUAAUAUGUGUGAUUAUCAGUUGCCGAUCCCUCAGUCCUGUGGAGAGCCAGCUAGAAAAGACAAUCCUUUGCUUGGAAAAAAUGCAUUUGCAUCCCACUUCCCCCAACAGCCUUACAAUUUGAAUAGGUUUGCUGCUGCAUUCAGUUAAGCGUGGAUGAUUUUCAUUUAUUUGGAGUAAUUUAUAGACUGUUCUGAAAGCUAUUUGACAUCUAAAGCUAGUAGUUGCAUCUACAUAAACAUUGCUAUUCCAAAGGAGUCAGUCAUGCACAAAUCCAGUUUCUUCAUAAGUUGCACUCUUUGGGUGCCUUGUGUCUUGACAGCUAGCACCAUAAAUUACUCAUGCCGUAGUGAUUAGCUAAUAGAGGUUAAGAUUAAAGGUGCUAAAGAGUUUCUAACAUUGCAGGGACCAAGAGAGGAAAACUUGUUUAGGCUCUGACUAUAUAAAUAAUGGCUGUUCUUUCCUGGGCGACUUUAUUUCAAAAUGGUUUUUAAGUUAAAUUAAUACAAGAGAGCUGAUCAAAUAAAUGACUGGCUGCUCUGCAGUAAAAUUCUUAAAAUAUUCCUGACUGUUCAGUCAUGUCAUGCUUGCAAGCAAAUGGAUAUACUUUUACACUGUCAUAGCUUUUCUGCCCGCUAUGGAAUUCUUUUGUGUAUUAGUUGAGCAUUUUCUUCUGUCUGGUGGUGGCUUUUCUCACUUUUUGAGAGCUCUUUGAAGUCAAAUUUGUGAUAAAUGUGAUUUGUUCCUCUAAGGGAAAGCUGACAUUUUGGCUCUGUAUGGUAUUCACAGUUAAAUCAUAUGCCCCCAACAUUUUGUUUAAAAAAUGCCGUUAGAUGGAUACUCUAUGUAGUUUGUGCUAAAAAGUUCAA